GAGCUCAGCUCUUGAUCACAAUCCCACCCGACUUAGCUGUAUUGAAGAGAGUGAGAUAGGUAUUUCAACAUGUACAAUAUCGCCAAGGAUGGCGACGGGGAAGGCGAGGGCAGCGGGACGCCGCUAUUGGCCGUGCUGGGGCCGGGUGCCAGCGCCGCCGCCGCGCAGGUACAGAACUUGCUGCAGCUGUUCUCUAUCCCACAGGUGUCGUACUCGGCGACGUCGCGGGAGCUGUCCGACCGUGCGCGCUUUUCGACUUUCUUCCGUGUGGUUCCUUCGGACCGACACCAGGCGCGGUUGCUAGUGGCGUUAUUGCGAGCUCACAACUGGACCUACGUGCACGCAUUGCACACAGACGGUAAGCGCGGCGGCCGCGGGUCGGAGAGAGACGAGACGGGGCUGGUCGAUGACGCGCGCUUCCCGCAGAGAGCUACGGGCAGAGCGGCAUGGCGGCGUUCCGCGAGGAAGCGAUGCGCGGCGGCGUGUGCGUGGCGCGCGAGGAGCCGCUGCGCGCGUCGCCGGCCGACAGAGACGUGGACGCGGCGCUGGCGCGGCUGCUGGGCGGCGGGGGCCCGCAGGUGGCCGUCUGCUGGUGCGAGGGCCGCACGGCGCGCGCCUUGCUGGCGGGACUGGCGCGGCGGGGCGCCGCCCCCGCGCUGCGCCUGCUGGCCAGUGACGGCUGGGCCGACCGCCACGACGUGGUUGCGGGCCUGGAAGCGGCCGCGGCGGGCGCGCUCACGCUCCGCAUUCGUGCCCCCUACCUGCGCCACUUCGACGCCCACUACCAUGCGCUGCGCCCCGACUCUAACCUCCGGAACCCUUGGUUCAGG